AUGAGUUUCCUGUUCUUGGCACACCAUCUGGGAUUCCUUGCAAACGCCAUGGGUGUUUCUUUGAUGAUGUGCAAGCGCAUUCAUCGGACUGUGGGCUGGAUGACUGGCAUUCUCCUCAUGUUACAUAUCAUCAUGGCUAUGAUAACUGAGCAGAAGGGCUGGAAUAUUCGUGAGAAAGCCCAACUCUUCGGAUUAAUCGGUGCUGUGAAUAUGGCCGCAAUUCUCUUAUUAUCCUUCCCUUUCGUUCGCCGUUUCCUCUACGAGCCAUUCCUUCGACUACAUCAAGCCCUGGCUACAGCCUGCAUAUAUUUUGUAUGGCGGCAUUUGCCAUCCGAUACUCUGCUGCCCCGGCUCCACGGAUGGCUAUACAUCCUUGACAGCAUUGCAGGUGUCAUAUCUUAUCUUAAGAAGCUCCUCUACGGGUAUAACACUUGCACGUCACAUGUGCGCCGGGUACAUUUCGUGUGGGAGGUCCAAACAUUAGAUAUUGCGGUUGCAGCCCAGCCACUUCUGAACAGCUUGUUAAGCGAUGAUGUCUUGGAUGAUGGCUAUAUACUCGAAAUGUCUUUUUAUGUGGUAUCAAACCAGAUGAUAGAACAUGGCAAGCCGUUCGGCCAGCAUCGCCGCGCGACAGUUUUCAAUGGAAAGCCUCGAUUUGAUGAAAUUAUAUCAGAAGAGGCUUCCGGGCGAAACAUAAAACGGCUGCCAAACACUCAUGAAGAUCGCGGUGAGGUUCUGGUUAUGGAGGGUAAGGUUGCAUGA